AUGUGGAGCUCACCUAUUGCAACGUUCAGCAGCUUAAUUCUCAUCGCAUCCGUGUUAGCAACAUGUCUGGGUAUGCCUCAAGCUGCAUCAACCUCCACCGCCGUGCCAACCGCUUCGCCAAUACCGUGGUCGACAAAGAUAGAAGCAUUUGAAACCUACGUCCUCGAACAGCCCGAUCAAAAUGCUAGCAAAGGUUUUGGUCGCGGCCCAUUUCUUCGCAAGACAUUCGACGACGGUGCAUGUCUCCAAAUCGGCCUCUACGAUUGGGACUGCAACCAUGAGAUUCCCUACAAGAUGCGCGGCAUCGCGAAGUGGCUCCAUGACAACAUCUCUCGUGAUACUGAUCCAAUAUGGGACACGUACCGAUACUAUGUAUAUGGAUACUAUGCGGACCCUGAAGAUGGUUGGAACUUCUACGGAGCGUCAAGAUUGUCAUUUGGUGCUUGCGGAAACCGAGGUCCACAAAGCAGCUGUGGCGUAACCUACUGCGUCGAUCAAAAUGGGACGACAGUGGGGCAGCCAGAGCUGGUACCAGAGGGACAGACACCGUGGAUGGACCCGAAUGAUAGGAAUAGGUUAUGUCCGUGGCUGCGACACAACAAGAGUGCUGGGUAA